AUGAUUAGACGGAAAAAAUUAACAAUCUUUACAGAUUGUAAAGAUUCCACGAGUGUUUUAGAACUUAAAAAAAUGAUUGAAGGAAUAUUAAAAAUAUCACCCGAUAAUCAACAACUUUAUAAAGAUAAUCAAAUAAUGGAUGAUGAUAAAACAUUGCAAGAAUAUGGCCUAAUACCAAAUGUAGCCAAAGCUCAAUGUCCAGCACCGUUAGGACUUGCUUUAAGGUUGGAACCUGAAGGCGAAUUCGAACCUCUCGAUAUAACACCUCUCUCUUCGCCUCCAGAUUUACCUGAUGUUAUGAAAGUACCAGAAACAAAUGGACAAGAAAGUGUAGCAUGA